AUGGAGUACGAUUGUCGCGUAGAAGAUUUACAGAACAGUGUGUGGUUAAAAGAGACCCAUGGGGAGGACCAAGCAUUAUGGUUUACACAGCUGAACAUCAAUGGUUUGAACGUACCUGAACGAAAGACCCAACUGGUACAGCUACUACAAAGGAAGCAGUAUGAUGCCGUUUUUCUCCAAGAGUCCAAGCUCGGUUCAAGGAAUAAAGACCCUAUCAUCAAUGGUUAUACUUUGAUCAGAUUAAACAGACCUAAUGCUCUCAACCAUCGAAGUUGUGGGUGUCUGGCCAUCUACAUCAAAAAUGGUAUAUCCCAUAGUGAGGUUCCUCUGAAAACCAUCGCUCCUCUGGAGGCACAGGCGGUAUCCUUUACCGACAAGUCAAAGGUUUUUUCUAUCGUUAAUAUUUAUCGACCCGAAGUCAAAGGCAAACCUCAACGAUUCAGUGAAUAUCAGUAUGUUUACAAUCAGUUGCCCGGGACCGACAAUAUUGUGCUUGGUGAUUUCAACGCCAAACACGUAUUGUGGGGCUCGCCAACAACUGACACUAAUGGUAGACAAGUUGCUGAGUUCAUUGAGGCCAAUGACCUGGUUAGCAUAAAUGAUGGUAGCAUUACUUAUGUUGGUGCAAUUGCUCCUCUUGGUUCGCAUCUCGAUCUCACAUUAGUAAGCAGUUGGUUAGCUAAAGACUGUACGUGGGAAGCAACCAGUGAGACCCUUGGAAGUGACCAUGUUGUCAUUGAAAUCACGCUGUCACGCAAUGUUGUGAAGUCAGAAGUUAUUUCCGAAAUAAGAAGAAUGAUCCACAACUACCAAACCAACAACAACCAGAAGAUUGAAUUAGUAUGGGUUCCAUCGCACGUCUCCAUUCCUGGCAAUGAUCAAGCAGACCGUUGUGCCAAGGAAAGUCUGAGUCUGGAGGAUAUCGAGCCUGUAGAAUACUCCUAUUCGGAGUUCUGCAGUAUCGUAUCUUCUACAGAAUGUUUUGGCUCCACCCACGGACCACUGAUAACAGAUAAUCUAACCAAACCAAACCAAACCAACGAUUACCAUUCGACUACCAAUCAACAAGAAAUACCAUGA